GUUGCUGUGGUGAUUUUGUGCAGUUGAGCUCAUGGAUGGAUAAACCCUGUCAAACGUUUAACGUCUACAAAUCAUCAGCAAAUCGUUCUGCUGCAGGUCUCCGUUAAUGCCAGUCAGGUAUGGCGCUGUGGAUUCAGGCACAGCAGCUGCAGGGGGACGCCCUGCAUCAGAUGCAAUCGCUCUAUGGGCAGCACUUCCCCAUCGAGGUGCGCCACUACCUGUCGCAGUGGCUGGAGGCUCAGCUGUGGGAUGCCAUCGACCUGGAGAACCAGCAGGACGAGUUUAAAGCAAAGCGUCUGCUGGAUGGUCUGAUCCAGGAGCUGCAGAGGAAGGCAGAGCAUCAGAUGGGUGAAGAUGGUUUCCUGCUGAAGAUCAAACUGGGUCAUUAUGCCACACAGCUGAAGAGCUCCUAUGACCCUUGCCCUCUGGAGCUUGUGCGGUGUGUCAAACACAUCCUGUACACGGAGCAAAGACUUGUACAGGAAGCAUCCAACGCAAGCAGUCCGGGGUCAGGUCCGGUAGAUGGGACCCCUCAGAGAUAUCAGCAGAUCAACCAGACGUUUGAGGAGCUACGUGUUAUGACACAGGACACAGAGAACGACCUCCGCAAGCUACAGCACAGUCAAGAGUACUUCAUCAUUCAAUACCAGGAGAGCUUGAGGAUACAGGCUCAGUUGAGUAGUUUGGCCAGCAUUCCUCCAGCUGAGCGUGUUCAGAGAGAAUCAGGUCUGCAGAGCAGGAAGUCAACACUAGAGGCCUGGCUCACACGAGAGGCCAACACCUUACAGAAAUACAGACAGGAACUGGCAGAGAAGCAUCAGAGGACUCUAGCUCUGUUGAGGAAACAGCAAACUGUGAUCGUAGAUGAUGAACUGAUUCAGUGGAAGAGACGACAGCAACUCACAGGCAAUGGAGGACCAUCAGAGGGAGGACUGGACAUACUGCAAGCCUGGUGUGAGAAGUUGGCCGAUAUGAUUUGGCAAAACAGACAGCAGAUUCGCCGAGUUGAACACCUGACACAGCAGCUGCCCAUUCCCGGACCCACAGAAGAACUGCUUACUGACCUCAACGCUACUGUCACAGACAUCAUAUCAGCACUCGUCACCAGCACAUUUAUAAUUGAGAAACAGCCUCCUCAAGUGCUGAAGACUCAAACCAAAUUUUCGGCAACAGUUCGCUUGCUGGUCGGAGGAAAACUCAAUGUCCACAUGAACCCUCCACAGGUUAAGGCCACCAUCAUCAGCGAACAGCAGGCCAAGGCCUUACUGAAGAACGAAAACACCCGCAAUGACAGCAGUGGAGAGAUUCUAAACAACAACUGUGUGAUGGAGUACCACCAAACCACUGGCACCCUGAGUGCACACUUCAGGACCAUGUCUCUGAAGCGUAUUAAGCGGUCAGACCGCCGCGGGGCCGAGUCAGUGACUGAAGAGAAGUUUACGGUUCUGUUUGAGUCUCAGUUCAGUGUGGGAGGCAAUGAACUUGUGUUUCACGUGAAGACAUUAUCCCUGCCUGUUGUGGUCAUUGUUCAUGGGAGUCAAGAUAAUAACGCUACAGCAACUGUACUGUGGGAUAAUGCUUUCUCUGAGACAGGUCGAGUGCCAUUUGUGGUGCCUGAUAAAGUGCUGUGGCCACAGCUGUGCGAAGCUUUGAACAUGAAAUAUAAAUCGGAGGUUCAGAGCGACAGAGGCCUGUCAGAAGACAAUCUGGUGUUUCUCGCUCAGAAAGCCUUCAGCAGCUCCAGCAACAACACUGAGGACUACUGCAACAUGACCAUCACCUGGUCUCAGUUCAAUAGGGAAAGUUUGCCAGGCAGGAACUUCACAUUCUGGCAGUGGUUUGAUGGGGUCAUUGAGCUCAUGAAGAAACACCUGAAGUCUCACUGGAAUGAUGGAGCGAUUCUGGGUUUCCUGAACAAGCAGCAAGCUCUGGAUAUGUUGAUGUCCAAACCAAACGGCACGUUCCUUCUGCGCUUUAGCGACUCUGAGAUCGGAGGCAUCACCAUCGCAUGGGUCGCAGAAAACCCGAACAAAGCAGGAGAACGGAUGGUGUGGAACCUGAUGCCCUUCACUACUAAAGAUUUCUCUAUCCGCUCUCUGGCCGAUCGGAUCAGUGAUCUGAAUCAUCUGCUCUUUCUCUAUCCCAACCAGCCGAAAGAGGAAGUCUUCUCCCGUUACUGCACACCUCCAAACUCAAAAGCAGUGGGGGAUGGAUAUGUCAAACCAGAGAUCAAGCAGGUGGUGAAAGUUGAGUUUUCUUCGCCCAAUCCUGAACCCUCUCCUGGGAAUUCCUUCAUGGAGCAUGCAGCAUCACCCACUGUCAAUCAACACAAUAACUUCACAAUCUAUCCAUCAAUGAAUGACUCCAUGUUAGACACUGAAGGUGAAUUUGAUCUGGAUGAGACCAUGGACAUGGCCCGACAGGUGGAGGAGUUCCUGCGACAGCCCAUGGAAACCCAGUGGAGUGGACAACAGUCAUGACCUUUAAGCUUGUGAUAUCUAAUGUGAACUACACAAAACUCGAUGGUUCCAUUCCAUAUUUUUAUCUUAACAAAUGUUAAAUGUUAUGUUUGUCAAAGCUGAUCAGUGGCUGUGUAACUGCCUUUGCAUUUUAUAUAUAGUUUGAUGUGUAAUUUUCCAUCAUUAACCAUUGAAGCACAAUAGUCUGUCAUGUGCAAUGAUACACUUCUAUUUGGCUGAAUAUGAGUAGCUACUUUUCCACUUUCAAUGCCCUUUAUCUUGAUUGUUAUACUAGUCUUAUCUACUUGAUCAAAUUUUUAAGUCCAGUCACACAGUUGGCUAAGACAUUGAGCUUACAGUAUUCAGUUUUCUCAAUUUGUCCACCUCCAGUUACAAUUUGUCCACCAUUACAGCUACAUUCAAGGUUGCCAUGUCUGUGAAACAAAACCAGCCCAAUUGCUAUUCAAAACUAGCCCGAAACUAGCCCAAUCAUUCCGUGGGGUCCCUCUCUGUCGAAAUAGCGUUUCGAGGGUGGUGAGGGAGAGAUUGAUUUAACCUGCAGAUUAAAAAACAGCCCACGACAGCAGUGUAAAAGGUUGCAUUGUGUCAUUUCUGCAACUAGUGGCACUACACAGAAUUGCAAAAAAUGCUGAAUGCAUUCAACAGGUUUUCCACUCACCUUGUCCUGCAUUGUCUACCAAACAGGUAGACCUGGCUGACCUGAUAACUGUAGUUACAGUAUCCCCUAGCAUUGAAAAUGUAUGAAAUUUAUCAUGUCACCUCAGAAUAUCCAUGUGUUCUAAACCAUUCACACAUUAAGCUGUUAGCUUCUGAAAUUUGAUUGCCGAUUUUUAAGAUUUGGGAUUGGGGAUGUUGUUGUAUGGAAGCACUUCCUUUAUCAAACGGUUGCUGAGUUACGGUAUUUUUUUUUAGUUGUGUUGUCUCCUAUGGGUGGAAUUUGACACAAUUUAUCUUGAGAACAAACUGAAGAAUCAAAAUUCUUUCGAUAACCUUUGUAUUUAAAGUAGCCUCUUGGUUAAGGUUGAAGAGAGUACAUUUUUCAAGUUCAAAUGCUCUAUCCUACUUUUUCUUGAUGUGCAGAGACUUGGUCAGCUAUUAGUAGGUGAUUCCCCCAAAAGUGUGAACACUGUGACUCUGUAAAGCUUUGUAAAUAUCACUCUACCACCAACCCCAUAUAGCAACAUUUCCUCAGCCAGUGGCUUGAGUUUGGGUCAGGACUGACUUCUUGUCUGACCAAUGGAAGAUGGAGAGGCUGAGAAACAAGAGAGGUGUUUCAUUUGAUUUUGACAGCAGUGUCUAGAUUCAGCGUAUUUAACGUAUGACCUAACAAUAGUUUGCUCAUGUUGGUCAUAAACAGCAUCUUCUCCGAUAAACAGGCGAUCAUGUUAUGGUGGUUGGGUCUGUAUGUAUGUUAACUUGAAAGGUGUCAGUCAGUUGAAAUAAUUUAUUAUUGGUGUCUGAACUGUCUUAGCAUCUUGGCAAUUUCUGAUUAUCUGACUCCCUCCCACCCCAGAUACCAAAUUUUCCAGAUACCUGUGCCUUAAACAGCUGAGGUUUGUCCAGUAGUUACACCAAAGUCUAGUGUUAGCCUGCAAAUUUUUGGUCAUUUUUAAAUCCUCUCAGAUUAUAUAUAUUGAUCUGAAAUUAUUUUGACGCUGCAGUCUUUUUUUCCCAGUAAAUAUCUCUAAAGAGUAAUCAGUGUAUUUGAGAGCCAAAAUUGCACAAGAUAUCAGGAGUUGUUUGUGAAGUUUAUUUUUUUAUAACUCAUUGCUAAAUGCUUCUUUUAAACCUUUAAAGCCUUCUUGCCUGAAUAGUUAAAUUGGUUUUAUAGAUAUCAAAGCAAAUGACAAUAUUAAUUAGAAAAAUCUGCCUUUAAAGGGCCAGUACAUUUUAAAAACAAAGUAAUGUAAAAUGUAAGAACUUCAUGUCAGUCAAGAUAAAGUCGCUCUCCUCAAGAACAGAUCUCAGGAAAAUACACAUCAAAGAGUUGUUUUUAUAAUUACCUAUGCAGACACAGAAUUUUAUAUAAAAAUAAACAAAUAUAUAUAUUGAAAAUAUAGUUAUAAUUACCACAGUGCUAUCUAAAAAUAAAUAUACUGUUGCAAUGCAAAUAAAUUGUGCUUGAAUUAUCUUUAGAGCAACUGAAACUUGGUUUUAAAGUGUUCCUAAUGUGAUGGCUUGGCUUUAGUGUGUCUUAUUUUUUUUCUCUAAAAUCUACUCUUUUGAUCAUUAUUUGUACUUUUUCCUAUUGUUGGAAAUAACAUGUCAUUAUGUUCUAUAUGUAAGGGAUGAUGUCCAUAUAUACAUAGAUGAGAGGUUAUCAGGACCCUGGCAGUAAGUGCAUAGGUUGUCCUGAUUUUUAUAUAUUUUUUUGUGAUAGUAAUGAUUGGCUGGCUCUACGCUAACCCUUUUAUUACAUAUGGCUGCUUAAC